AUAAAAGAGGGGAUGCUGAUGAAACAGACCAGCUCCUUCCAGCGGUGGAAGAGACGAUAUUUUAAACUGCGAGGACGAACGCUGUACUAUGCAAAAACUGCUAAGUCCAUUAUUUUUGAUGAGGUGGAUCUGACAGAUGCUAGUGUGGCAGAAUCCAGCACUAAGAAUGUCAACAACAGCUUCACGAUUAUCACUCCGUGUCGGAAGCUCAUCCUUUGUGCUGAUAACAGAAAAGAGAUGGAAGAUUGGAUUGCAGCACUGAAGACUGUACAAAACCGUGAACAUUUUGAGUCUACCCAGUACAGCAUGGACCAUUUCUCAGGGAUGCAUAACUGGUACGCCUGCUCACAUGCUCGGCCAACAUACUGCAAUGUGUGUCGGGAAGCGUUAUCUGGAGUCACGUCACAUGGGCUCUCAUGUGAAGUGUGCAAGUUUAAAGCCCACAAGCGAUGUGCUGUGCGGGCAACCAAUAACUGCAAGUGGACAACUCUGGCCUCUAUCGGGAAGGAUAUCAUUGAGGAUGAAGAUGGGAUCUCCAUGCCACAUCAGUGGUUGGAAGGAAACCUGCCUGUCAGUGCCAAAUGCACUGUGUGUGAUAAAACCUGUGGCAGUGUCCUACGCUUGCAAGACUGGCGCUGCCUUUGGUGCAAAGCCAUGGUACACACAGCAUGUAAAGAGUUGUUGCCAAACAAGUGCCCUCUUGGGCUGUGCAAAGUAUCUGUCAUUCCUCCUACUGCUCUUAACAGCAUUGAUUCAGAUGGUUUCUGGAAAGCUACUUGUCCCCCUUCUUGCACAAGCCCUUUGUUGGUCUUUGUCAACUCAAAAAGUGGAGACAACCAAGGCGUAAAAUUUCUACGAAGGUUCAAACAGCUACUGAAUCCAGCCCAGGUCUUUGACCUCAUGAAUGGAGGCCCUCACCUUGGUUUACGCUUAUUCCAGAAAUUUGACACUUUCCGGAUUCUAGUUUGCGGUGGGGACGGAAGUGUUGGCUGGGUUCUCUCCGAAAUUGAUAGCCUCAAUCUUCACAAGCAGUGCCAGCUGGGAGUGCUGCCCUUGGGAACUGGGAAUGACCUUGCCCGUGUGUUAGGCUGGGGGUCUGCUUGUGAUGAUGACACCCAGCUCCCACAGAUCCUGGAGAAGCUGGAGAGGGCUAGUACCAAAAUGCUGGACAGGUGGAGCAUUAUGGUGUAUGAAACCAAACUCCCUCGCCAGGCCUCCACUUCCACAGUCACUGAAGAUUUCAGUGAGGAUUCUGAGGUGCAGAAGAUUCUCUUUUAUGAAGACUCUGUGGCUGCUCAUUUGUCCAAAAUUUUGACUUCUGACCAACACUCAGUGGUCAUCUCCUCAGCCAAGGUGCUUUGUGAGACAGUGAAGGAUUUUGUGGCUCCGGUAGAAGCCUAUGAGAAGGCAACGGAAAGCUCAGAGGAAUCAGAGGUCAUGGCCAGGAAGUGCUCUGUCCUGAAGGAGAAACUGGACUCAUUGCUGAAGACACUGAAUGAUGAAUCACAAGCAUCUUCAUCUCUGCCAAACCCUCCUCCCACCAUUGCAGAGGAAGCCGAAGAUGGUGAUGGGUCAGGCAGUGCUUGUGAUUCUUCUAGCGACCGGUCAGUGGGCUCAUCAUGUGCUGCACGGCCCCAGAUAUUUCGUCCCAGAGAACAGCUCAUGUUGAGAGCCAACAGCUUGAAAAAAGCCAUUCGUCAAAUAAUAGAGCAUGCAGAAAAAGCUGUAGAUGAGCAGAAUGCCCAGACCCAGGAGCAAGAGGGCUUCCUUCUUAGCCUCUCAGCCUCUGAAGAGGGCAAGGAGCUGAGGAAUGAGGAUAAAAUCUCCUUGCAGUCAUCACACAGCAGCAGCUAUGGAGUGUCCAAAGGGAGGAGCCAGCGGAAAGUGUCCAAGUCUCCUUGUGAAAGACUAAUAAACAAGGGAAGUUUGUCACUGGGCAGCUCUGCGUCUCUUCCUCCCCAGACAGGAAACCGCGACAACUUGCCAAUGCUGAACACAAAAAUCCUCUACCCAAAUAUCCGUGCUGGCAUGUCUGGUUCUUUGCCUGGGAGCUCUGUCAUCAGCCGAUUGUUGAUCCAUGCUGAUCCCUUUAACUCUGAGCCUGAAAAUCUUGAAUGUUACACAGAGAAGUGUGUCAUGAAUAAUUACUUUGGAAUUGGACUGGAUGCAAAGAUUUCUUUGGACUUCAACAACAAACGUGAUGAGCACCCAGAGAAAUGCAGAAGUCGUACUAAAAACAUGAUGUGGUAUGGAGUAUUGGGGACCAAGGAGCUGCUACACAGAACAUAUAAAAACCUGGAGCAGAAAGUCUUGCUGGAGUGCGAUGGGAGGCCAAUCCCUUUGCCCAGUCUCCAGGGAAUUGCCGUGCUUAACAUUCCCAGCUAUGCAGGAGGCACAAACUUCUGGGGGGGAACCAAGGAAGAUGAUACAUUUACAGCCCCUUCCUUUGAUGACAAGAUUUUGGAGGUGGUAGCAGUGUUUGGUAGCAUGCAGAUGGCAGUGUCAAGAGUAAUAAACCUACAGCAUCACCGGAUUGCACAGUGUCGGACGGUGAAGAUAGCAAUCCUGGGAGAAGAGGGCGUUCCUGUGCAAGUGGAUGGAGAAGCCUGGAUCCAGCCUCCAGGUUACAUUUGGAUUGUUCAUAAGAACAGAGCACAGACCCUCACCCGAGACAGGGCAUUUGAGAGCACCCUGAAGUCCUGGGAGGACAAACAGAAAUGUGAGUUGUCCCGACCCUCAUCUUUCUCUCUGCAACCAGAGAUCAUGUCCGAAGAAGAAUCCACCCAAAUCAACCAGUUUGGUCAAGCUGCAGGUGCUUUGAUCCACAGCAUUCGGGAAAUAGCCCAAUCCUAUCAGGACAUGGAACAGGAGCUUGCCCAUGCUGUCAAUGCCAGCUCAAAGUCUAUGGACAAAGUCUACGCUAAAUCCAAGUCUACAGAGGGUCUGAACUGCAGCCUUGUUGUAGAGAUGGUGAAUAAUGUCAAAGCCCUGCAUAAUGAGACAGAGCUGCUGCUGGCGGGCAAGAUGGCUCUGCAAUUAGAUCCUCCACAGAAGGAGCAGCUCCAGGCAGCCCUGGCAGACAUGGACCUCCAGCUGAGGAAACUGGCAGACAUCCCUUGGCUGUGGCAGCUUAUGGAGCCCUGUGAUGAGGAGAACCAGAUGCUGGAUUAUUCUAAACGCAGCCGCAGUGGCAAAUUCCGUCUGGUGACCAAGUUUAAAAAGGAGAAGAACAACAAAAAUAAGGAGACCCAUAGUAGCAUGGGAUUGCCGGUUCACCUCUGGGGAACGGAGGAGGUUGCGGCCUGGCUUGAGCAUCUCAGUCUUUGUGAGUAUAAAGAUAUCUUCAUCCGACAUGACGUCCGGGGCUCUGAGCUCCUGCACCUCGAACGGAGGGACCUCAAGGACCUGGGUGUGACCAAAGUGGGUCACAUGAAGAGAAUACUGCAUGGGAUCAAGUUGCUGAGCCGGAGUACACCUGCCAGCGAGGUUUAGCCUCUGUUUUCACAGCCUGUGUCUACCAUUCCCCCUAACCACACAGCAGUCACCUCACAGAGCAGAUGUGCUCACAACUAUACUGAACAGCCAAAUUGUAGCUGUUCAGAGCUCAUAUCAACCAAGCAUGGUGCUACCUUUUUCCUGUGGGGUACGGCUGCAUCCAGUGGAGAGGCACCUUAUCUGCAGUCAAGCAGAGCCUCCCGGAAAAGAACUCGCUGUUUGAAGAACCAUGUCAUCCGACAUGGAAAGUUGUGGUUCCAGUGGCAGUGCAGGACUCCUGAGAAUUGCAACACAGCUACCUUUACUGGAUAACUUCAUCACAGUAGAAUUUUUCAGGGCAAAAGAUAUAUUGGCCAGUCUUAGUUCAGGAGCAUCUGACAGUCUUUUCAGACCCAGAACUUUCUUUCUCAUCUGUGUGUCGCACCUGUAUUGUGAGCAUUUAAGUGGGACA